AUGCGGAAGUGCCUUCAGCGGUUUAUGCGAAACGUCAGCCAAGCCGCGCGCAACCUUAACGUCGGCUACGUCUCCGCGACCUACGAGGAUCACUACUGGUCGUCCUGCACGGAGGAUUCCCCCCGAAUGCCCACCCCACAGGGCCCCCACAAGGAGGAGGGGGCCCAUGGCUGCGGCAAAUCGCGCGCGCGGAGGCCACUCCUGGAGCAACCCCUCGAACUCCUCCUCUCCCGGGUGUGGACACGAGAGCUCCAAGCCCUUCAGUCCGAGCGCACACCCUGA